UGCAAAGCAUUUUUGUUAGUUUUUCUAAAAAAUCUACAAAUGAAAAGCAAACCAAAGCACGCGAGAAAGUUGCCUGCAAAUUUUGGCAACUCGUGAGUGACAAAUGUCUGUUAAAAGGACCGGUGAAUGAUGAAUUAUCUGAAUAGUAUUACGGGUGGUGGAGUCGCUGGAGAUGUUAAUCUUCAAUUAAACAACGUCGAAGUUCUUUAUACAAAAGUGCAAAGAGUUUAUAUUAAACCUCAACUGAAGGAGGAGAGGCAGAGGGAUCUCAGGGUUAACGUUGAAAUUCACGCAGGACUUAGUCCCGUUUGUCGCAAGAGUUUAUGUGUUCUACUCGCAGACGAUGACGAUCCAUGUUUUCUCUACUCCCUUUUCAUAACCGAAGACGAUUUUAAAAUUUUGAAGUCCCAACAAGGCUUGCUCGUCGAUUUUGACAAUUUUGCAACGCAAUUGAUAUACCUUUUGGAGCAAUGUCAAAUUCCAUCGUCGAGUUUGGCCAAGACUCCGAAAUUUCUGAUGCUUUUGGCAGAAGAAGGAGGCGAGUGGACCUUCAAAUUUGUAGAGACGAAUAAUUUCAAGCACCUUUGCCAUUUAAGUUUAAACAUUGCGCCAGCGAAUGAUGCACAUAUCAAAACUCACAUGGCUAUGAAAAUCAAGCAAUUAAAGGAGAACCUUCUGCAAAAAGACAGAGAUAUUCUCGGCUUAGAUACGAGGCAGAGCGAUUUGACUUGUAAAUUGGAAGCUAAAGUCAAGGAACUUGAACAGCUGGAACAGAAAUGGGUGGCGGAAAAAACACAACUGCAGAUGAGUUUGGCUCAACAGAUGAAUCUAGAAAAGGACAGAUUGGCACAGACACGAAUGGAGUUGCAGCACCAGUGCGAAAGGGAGAAAAUGGAACUGGAGCAGAGACACAGCGAGUCCUUAAAACAACUCCACACCGAGCUCGCUGAACUCCGAACUCAAAACAUGACUUACAAAGACAAACAGUCCUUCCUCGAUGCAACAAAUUCGGAACAAAUAAAGCAACUCCAGACUCUCGAGAAGGAGCUGAAUCUCGCUCAGAGAGAUCUCUCGCUUCUGAAGAAACAAAAUUCGAAACUCGACGUCGACUAUCAUGACAAAGAUAAGACUGUAAAUAGUUUAAAAACAAAAGUCGCCGUUCUCGAGCAGGAGAUGAAAGACAAGACGAUUUUGAUCAACAAACACACGGAAAUGUUGAAAAACGCCAAGGAACAGAAGCAGAGAUUGGAGGAACUUCUCGCCGAAAAGGAGGGACAGUUGCAGCGAAAGCAGAAUUCCUUGACGCGAUUGAGCGACGAAUUGGUGAAAGCGAAUGAGAUUCUCGGCAAGAUUCAAAAUGAGCUCGCUUCAACGAAAUCGAAGUUAAAACUUCGGACUAGUAUUGCAUUAGAGCAAGAGCGAUUGCUUGAUGCUAAGCACAAGGAGGUUGGCCAGCUGGAGAAUAAAAUUGAAAACGUUUCGAAAGAAACUCGGGAGGCGAAGGCCGAGGUGGAGAAUUUAAAGGAGCAGCUCAAACAUUUACAGGUGCAGGUAGAGGAGAAGGAUAAGACUAUUAAAAAUAACGACAAUGUGAUCAGUUGGUUGAACCGGAGGCUAGCAGAUGGACAGUCGCCCUUGCACAGUGCAACGACUCCAGCACCAACGACUGUGCCAACGUCAAUUCAAUUGACACUUCCCAGGACGAAUAAGUUUUUCCCCAAUAGAUUCGAGACACGAACUCCAGCUCCAAGCUCCACCCAAGGAAACGUUCCCUACUCGGGAAUGCCUUUCCGCAACCCCAUCGUCCAGAAUCCCAAUAUUAAUCAAACAAUGCGAACCUCGGCUCGAUCGACAGGCGUCGGUGUCGCCGACAGCACGGCCGGUCUCAAUUUUAAUAAAACUGGACAAAUUACGAGCACAAGCACACCUUUGGACCGACUAAAUGGUUUGAACAAAUCCCCAAAUUCGGGAGGAACGUCGAACGUACCUCCAACGAUCGAAAAUAAUAAUGCCCCGCCGACAAUGAACGGAAAAGUAAAAAGCACAAGCAAUUUACAAGGCGGCCUUCGACGUGCCGUCUUAGAUAAACCUCUCUUGCCAUCUGCCUACUUUCCUAAGACUUUACACUAGCAUCUUUAGGAGAAUAUUAGACAACUGACCUUGUGAAUGUAGAUUUAAACAAAUGAUA